AUGUUACCAUUAAGUGAUUCCGAAGAGAUUGAUAUGACCUCGAGACCAGGGCAGGGACGGCAAGAGCGAGCUUCAAAAGCCUGUGAAGAAUGCAGGAGACGGAAACUACGCUGCGAUGGUCGAGAACCACAGUGUGGAGUUUGUCGUGAUGCUGGUGCAACGUGUGAAUUCAAUGCUGGUCGUGCCCUUCGGGGACCAAAAAAGGGUUACUUCAAGGAGCUGAAGGAUAGAAUUGUAACAUUGGAGCGUCAGCUUUCUUUACAGCAACAAACCAUCGAAGGAUACGGCCUACCUACUUCCAUUUUAGAUCACCAAGAAGAACCAGCGAUUUCUGGAGUUGUCAGCCCAAAGUCGACGUCAGAAAGUGAACAGCAGCGAGCUGGAUCGACUCUCGAAGACUUUAGCGUAUCCACUUCCGUCCCAGAUCACCUAGAAGGACCAGAGUUUUCUGGAGUUUUCAGCCCAUGUUCGUUGACCGUAGGAAGUGAGCAUUGUAUAGGGCAAAGAAAUUCCAUGUCAAAUUCUUCGAAUGACAUAAGCUCAGUACUCAAACUAUCAGUAAUUACCAACAACACCAUCCCUGCAUGGAUGCACGACGAAUUAGACCAACUAUACUUUGAUCGAGUCCACAAAUUUAUACCUCUACUUCAUCAGCGCCAGUACUUGUCCUGGUCUAAAAAAAAGACUGAGAAGACAUCACGUCUAUGCUUGCAGAGUGCGAUGUGGACACUGGCUACUUCUGUCUCAGUUCAGUUUCAGCAUCUACAAAAACAACUCUUUCGAGACACGAAGUCAAUGCUAGAGUCUUUGAGUACCGCCAAUGAAGAUCACUCACCCGCCGAUACCGAACAUGUACAGGCAUUGGUCUUAGUCGCAAUCUAUGAGUCAAUGAGAGCUCCCAAGCAGCAGGCAUGGAUCACCGCUGGACAAGCCUUUCGUCUGGUGCAGUUGAUGAAAUUCCAUGAGAUUGAUUGCCCGAGCGUAUAUGCCACUACUAAACCUACAAAGUCUUUUCUCGAGACCGAGGAACAACGCCGAGUCUUUUGGAUGUCUUACUUCCUUGAUACUCUCCUCACGAUGCUGAAUUGUUUGCCUUUGACAAUGAAUGAACACGUGGUAUUUAUACGUCUUCCAGCGCCUGAGGAGGAAUUUCAGUGCAGCCAGAACGUGCUAGGGAAAUUUCUUUCCGAAACGAUGGUUGAGCAAAGCCCACAUACACAAUCAAGCUUUAUUCAAUGCGUGAUCUUUGCAAGUAUAUGUGGGCGGAGCUUAUUCUAUGGCCAGCAGUGCAACCUUUCCAUGUUUUACGGAAGCGCGCCCUUAGACUACUCAAUCCAGUUUCAGUGGCUGGACGACAUGGUGACAACUAGGCUCCAGAUUCUGUCACAGUACAAUCCGGGCCCAACCGAAACGCAUGACCCCAUGCUCUUGUUCACAAGAAUAAUUGGCCAGACAGCCGUUAUGGCUCUGUGCAAGGGAAUGGAAUUAAAGUUGGCUGCUGACUCCGAUGGAGGGGCAUCUGUGGUGGCAUACCAGUUGCGAGCACUGACUGCAGCAGCUCAGAUCGCCAAACUCGCAAAAGCGCUGACCGAGUUUCCUAUUUUCAAGAUCCACCCACUGAUGCCGGUCACACUCGGCUUUUGCACUGGGCAUAUCUACGAGCAUCGAUUAUACCACGAGUCCUUUAAUUCCCACCUCCAAGAACUUUUAGACGUUCUCCGCCAAUUGAAGAACGUCAGCAACCCAAGUCAGAGUUAUGUAGACUUGUUAGAGCUGUCAGAGAUCGUUGGGACACAGGCCCUACCUUAA